GAAUCGGUCGGUUGAAGCGAGCCGACUUCAAUGGUCGGCGCCGCGAGCCGACUUCGAUCGCCAUUGACGCGGUGUGCUUCGAGCACUCACCUCGAGGUCGACCAGCCUCGCUCCAACUCGAUUGACAUCUCCUCCCCCCUUCUUCUUCUUCUUCCUAUAAAUCUUCCUCCGUCGAUCGAACUCUUUUGAAGCAGGGUUCUUCCGCCGCCACCAGCCAUGGCCGAUUCCAAGGAGGAGAAUCACAGCACGGGCGGGUGGAUGUCGGUGCCGGCGUUCGGAGAGUGGGACACCAAGAACGGCGUGCCCGACUACUCCAUGGACUUCUCCAAGAUCCGCGAGAUGCGCAAGCACAACAAGAACCCCUCCCGCGCCAGCCUCGGCAACGAGGAGGAGCUCAGCAAGCUCGCCGGCAACGGAUCCGAGGGAGAGGAUCGCCACCGUCGCCAACGUAGCGAUCCCGAAUCGGAUCUCCACCGACCCCCCAUCCACCACAGCCACGAUUCCCCUACCGUACGCUCUUUUCUCCGACUUCUUCCACUGAUUUCUGCAUCUAUUUCUGUUCUGUUGGCUCUUCUGAUUUCCGCUAACAUAGAAAACUGGGAUUUUGUUUGAAAAAGUGAGAUAAUAACAGUGACAGAUCGAUUACUACGCGGAUAAGUUUAUGAAACAAUUCCUACAAGAAAAAGUUCUUGAGCUAAUUCUUGAUGAAAAAAAGAGAGUAAAUCUUGUCGACAUGGUUAGGCAUUGGAAGAACAAUGAAAACUUUUCACCUACUUCUUCCCGCAAUUACUUACAAUUAUUUCAGUUUUCUUGAUCGAUUGGUUGCUCUUGUGAAUUCCAUUUAACCUAAAAAAGGGAUUUUGUUUGUGAAACAAUAAGAGAGUUUUUGAGUAAUUCUUGGCAAGGAAAGAAAAUGAGAAAUUUUAUCAGCAGUGUUGGACAAAAAUAUGCCGCUGGAACAAUAAUGAUUACUUGCCAAUUUUGGAGCAAAUUGACGAAAGUGUUAGGGUUCUAUCAUAUAAUAUAGGCCACGGAAUUUGUGUUUACUAAGGUCUGGGCCAUGAGAUUGAGAUGGCCACGAAAUGAAUUGAUAUCAUUAGGAUGGCAAUGGAACCCACUGGGUGUUUUUUGACUAUUGAUCGUCUGCUGUAGGGAAGUAGACAAAUAGUUAAAGACAACUGUGGUGAUGGCAGGCAGAAUACAUUGAUAGUUGUGGCAGGCCAGACUACAUUGAUUCAUUGAUAGAGAUUGAUCAGCCCCCGGGACGGACUGCAGUGCAAUGGUAAUUGGUGGGAUGAGCUUCCUAAGUAAUGAAAGUUCGAAUCAAAUCCAAGAUAUAUUAUACAUGAGAAGUUCGAAUUACUUGUGAGGACCGUCCAUUAUGAUCCAUCUGUGCUUCCUGAUUUACUCAAGUGACUGAUGAGAAACUUUCGUGAGAUCGGACUGGUCAUCUCUAGGAUUAGUCAGAUCGUAAAAGUUGGAUAAUCUCAUUAGGGACGAAUAUUUUGAAAAUUGACCAUAAGUUGUGUUUUGGAUUUAUCCGAUAGGUGAAUCAGGGAAAAAAGACCGUCUAUCUCUAGACUUAGUCAAGUGAAACCUAAACACCUAAAUUAUCCAAAAAAAAAAAAAAACUCACAACUACAGACUUUUUAUCAGCUUGUAUUGUGUAGAUAACUAAGGAAAUGAGCCCCAGUUCUUAUGGUCAACAAAAUAGUUUUUGUUUUGGAUUUGAAUACUUUCUGUCAAAUUUGUUAAUCUUUAAAUUAAGUCUGAGUCAUAUUCUGACCAAACUUUUUCUUUUCAUAUCUGUCACACAUAUUCUAGGAGUGAAUAUUGAGUAAAUUAUUGCCAUCAUAUAUCAGUUUUGGAAAGCAAGAUAUAUUUAUAUGGGAGUAAAAUAUGAUAUUGUUCACCUCAACAGUCGAGUAUCGUCGGUUCCACGAUAAAUUAAAACCAAGUAAAUCACGGGGAGAAUUUUUACUUUAGCGCAACGGCCCUUUG